AAAUCUGAAGGACUAACUUGUAAUUUUUGGAAAAAUCUUUGGCUAAUAAAAACAUUCCAAAUGUAGAAUUUUGCAAAGCAAAAUGAAGUGGGUGUUAAGGUUUCCUGAUCAAGGAUUCUUGAAGUUGUUUGCAAAAUCACCUACUGGCCAUGUUAGGUGAAGGCCGUGAAGCAGGUGAAGAGAGGAAGCAAAUUCUCUGAAAGUGUUGGUUGGAGUCUGGAAAGAUACCAUGGAAAUAGCGCAAGUCCUUCACAUGAACAAAGGGGAUGAUGAAACUAGUUAUGCUAAAAAUUCAACAGUCCAGAGCAAGAUAAUAUCUGUUGGAAAACCAGUCAUGGAGGAAGCAAUCCUGGGAAUCUUGUGCACCCAUAUCCCAGAAAGUAUCGGCAUCGCAGACCUGGGUUGCUCCUCCGGACCCAAUGCCUUGCGAGUGAUAUUGGAGAUACUUGAUAUCAUCAACACCAAAUGCCAAGAUCUGGGUUGUCAAUCACCGGAAUUUCGGGUUUCUCUGAAUGAUCUUCCUUGGAAUGACUUCAACAGUAUUUUUAGGUUACUGCCAACGCUGUACCACAAAAUAAAGGAAGAGAAGGGUGGAAGAUUUGGGCCAUGCUUUAUAUCCGCCAUGCCUGGUUCUUUCUAUGGCAGAUUGUUUCCUAGCAGGAGUCUCCACUUUGUGCACUCUUCUUCCAGUCUUCACUGGCUCUCACAGGCUCCACCUAGUCUCAAUUGGAACCAUAGGAUGCCCAUGAACAAAGGAAAGAUCUACAUAUCAAAGACCAGCCCGAGUAGCGUCCUGGAAGCAUACUCUCAGCAAUUUCAGAAGGACUUUUCACUGUUUCUAAAAUCACGUUCAGAGGAAUUAGUUCCUGGGGGCUGCAUGGUAUUGUCAUUCAUGGGCAGGAGAUCCACUGAUCCCACUACUGAUGAGAGUUGCUACCAGUGGGAGCUGCUUGCACGAGCAUUGAUGAGCAUGGUUUCAGAGGGACUUGUUAAGGAGGAAAAAGUUGAUUCUUUCGAUGCUCCUUAUUACGCACCCUGUGCCGAAGAACUAAAGUUGGAAGUAGAAAAAGAAGGGUCAUUCAAUAUUGGUAGACUUGAAGCCUUCGAAAUCGACUGGGAUGGAGGCUCGGAUGAUAAGCAAGCUGCCUUACAAUCUCGUGGAAGGAAGGUGGCUAAGACAAUUAGAGCCGUGGUGGAGUCGAUGCUGGAAUUCCAUUUUGGCGGAGACAUAAUGGAUGAGCUAUUUAAGCGAUAUGGAGAGCUAGUGGAUGAUUAUUUGUCUAAGAACACAACCAAGUACAUCAAUCUGGUCAUUUCCAUGUUUAGAAAGGACUACUAACAUGGGUUUCACUAGGAGAUUAGAAGGCUUGCAAUGCUCAUGAUCAGUUUGGUCAAUCUUGCAAAGUCUUCUUAUAUGUGCUAAUUUAUAAAUCAAUAUUAUUGCACUUAUUAAUAAAAAAAUAUUAUAUAUUAAGCGGCUGAAAA